AUGUCUUCCGAUGGCAGCAUCAACCGAUACUCUAUGCCAGUGACUCGUUCGCGUACUGGCAUGUACGACGUGGGUCUCGACCAGACGAACACCACUCGUUUCCUCUUUGGCGAUGAGGAGUCAAAUGCAAUGGGGCACGGGAUUUCUGACGAAAACUUCCCGACUCUUGUUCGUCGUGAUGAUCAAAUCCUCUCAGCGUCCUCGGCCGCCCUAGAUCUUGCUCUUUCCCCGUCUCCCAAUCCCGAAACGCCAUCAUCAUCGAGAAGCUGGAGCCGUGUUGUUAACCGUCAUCGCCCCCAGCAGAGCCUUUCUUCCAUCAACGGAACCUCCAACAUCGUAAGCGAUCUAGUGGGCCUUGCCUCUCGACCUGCUUCCCUCCGUCACUCCAUCGACCUCAAGUACAUCUCCGAGAACGCCAUUGAGAACGGUCACAUCAUGUCUGCUAACGGAAACCCCAACAUGACCCCUCCCAAGCUGCAGAGCUCAUUUUCAUCCAACGACAUCCCCACCGUCAAGAGCCCAGGAGGCUCAUCUUCCAAAGCCAACAGUCACGCCCAGCAGCAUUUCCACAAUCACAAUGCAAGUCUUGGACGUAUUCCUGCUGGUGCAAUCCAUCGUGGACACAGCCGCGAGCUUUCCUCGGACAACGCUGCGGUGAGCCGAGAACAGCCCAACUAUCCCUCCAUUCAGUCUGCUCUGCAGGCCAGUGCUGCCCCCUUCGGCCCGAGCAGCACAGCUCCUGUGCCUCCUUCCUCCAUGGCCAAUACCUCAGCUGGCGCCUAUGUCGCGGGCAACAACUUUAACAACAACGGGUUUUACCCUGGCAAUAGCUACAGCGCCCCUCACGGUGCUCCUCAGGGCGCCGUUCCCCAGGGUGCCACCCAUCAACCCGGUGGCUACAACGCCAACAUGCUUGCGAACAGCAUGCAGCAGAUGAACAUGAAUGGUAUGAACGGUAGCAACAUGUAUCAGCAGCCUCAAAACUACAACGGGUACAACACUGGUCCUUACAACCAGGGCAACCAGCCCCGCGACAGUCAAGCACGCGUUAUGCAGCAUCGCCGACAGCUUGACAACGAAGCCAUGUCUCGCUACCAGAACAUGCCCCUUGAUUCCUUCGUGGGCACAAUCUAUGAUCUUUGCAAGGACCAGCAUGGCUGCCGUUACCUCCAGAAGAAGCUUGAAGAACGCAACGCCGAGCAGGUUCACAUGAUAUGGGACGAAACCAACAAGCACGUCAUUGAGCUCAUGACGGACCCGUUUGGUAAUUAUUUGUGCCAAAAGCUCCUCGAGUUUUGCAAUGACGAUGAGAGGACUACUUUGAUUGAGAACGCUUCCAAGGACAUGGUUCGCAUUGCGCUCAACCAGCACGGCACACGCGCGCUUCAGAAGAUGAUUGAGUUCGUGAGCACCCCCCCGCAAGUUCAUCUCAUCAUCGAGGCACUUCGUAAUGAAGUUGUUGAGCUGAUCCAGGAUCUCAAUGGCAACCAUGUCAUUCAGAAGUGCCUCAACAAGCUUACUCCCCCCGAUGCUCAGUUCAUCUUCGACGCUGUUGGCCAGAACUGUAUUGAGGUUGGCACUCAUCGACACGGCUGUUGUGUUCUUCAGCGCUGCAUUGAUCACGCAUCUGGUGAUCAGAAGAUCUGGCUUAUUGCGCAGAUCACUAAGCAUGCACGAAUCCUUGUCCAAGACCCCUUCGGCAACUACGUUGUCCAGUACAUCAUCGACCUAAAUGAGCCUCUCUUUACCGAGCCAAUCGUUCUUACCUUCAAGGGUUGCAUCGCCAAAUUGUCCAGUCACAAGUUCAGCUCCAACGUUAUCGAGAAAUGUCUGCGCUGCGCCCAGCCUCCUUCCAAGGAUUUGAUCGUUGACGAACUGCUUCACAAACAAGAGAUGGAGCGUCUGCUUCGCGACUCCUUUGCCAACUAUGUCAUCCAGACCGCUCUGGAGUAUGCCACCCCUCAUUACAAGUACCGUCUUGUGGAAGCCAUUCGCCCGAUCCUGCCCCAGAUCAGAACCACUCCUUAUGGUCGUCGCAUUCAAGCUAAGAUCUCAUCCUUCGACAACCGUGGCAGCGCUGCUUCUAGCGGCCAAGUGACACCAGCCGACAACACCCAAGGGCAAAUUCCUCUGCGCGCUGCUCACGCUCGAGCUCUAUCUGGAAGUGGACCCAUGAUGCAGAGCAAUGGAAUUCCUCACAACGGGCCCAUGCCAGCUAUGCGUCAGAACAUGCCUGUCUACCCUGCUAACUCAGUCAUGAAUGGGCAGCUCUCUGCUACCGGCGGCCCUGUUCAGCAGCCUCAGUACGGGCAGAUGACUCCUGGCAACUUUAUUCCCAACCCUUCCCCUAAUGGCACCUCCAACACUGCUCCCGGUGGAGGCUUCGCUAACAGCAACCCUACUGGUCAUGUUGGCGGUAACCCAGCCAAUGGCAAUAACAAUGCCGGCGCGAACAAGUCUGGGGAGCCUGAGUGGGUUUAA